GUUCUAGAGCUCCUACAUCCUUCACGUACUUUUGGGGAAGGAAAUGAAAAAGAGAGUGCAGGACCGUGUUAUCAUCCACUGUCUUCCUAUUGGUUGCAAAAGUUGCCAAUAAGGAGGGAGCUGCUAACAUUUUGGGAGCGUGUUCAUGUUUUUCCGGGUUAAGAAGAAGGAGAGGUUCCUUGGAGAGGCUCCGGAAGUUUAUGGCAGGGGUUGAACAGCUGUUCCUGUGACUGGCGAGAAGUAGGGCUGGGUAGCAUCAUCUGCAGCAACAGCAGGAUUGUGGCCAUGGCUGCCGAUUCAGAUGUGCUCCAUUUUCAGUUUGAGCAGCAAGGGGACGCCGUGCUGCAAAAGAUGAACCUCUUGCGGCAACAAAACCUCUUUUGUGAUGUGUCGAUUUACAUCAACGACACCGAGUUCCAGGGCCACAAGGUGAUUUUUGCUGCAUGUUCCACUUUCAUGAGGGACCAGUUUUUGCUCAACCAGUCCCAGCAAGUGCGCAUCACCAUCUUGCAAAGUGCUGAGGUGGGCAGGAAGUUGUUGCUGUCAUGCUACACUGGUGCUCUGGAGGUGAAAAAGAAGGAGCUUUUGAAAUAUCUCACGGCAGCAAGUUAUUUGCAGAUGGUGCAUAUUGUAGAGAAAUGCACUGAGGCGCUGUCACGGUACCUGGAAAUUGAUGCCUCUGUGGAGGGCAAUAAUAGGAGCCCUGAAAAAUGCCAUUCUUCUGACAUGGAGCUGGGGGACAAAGAAGCCAGCUUGGAUAAAGAUUGUGAAAUAAUCGAGAUUUCAGAAGACAGUUCUGUGAAUGUAGAGGAUCACAUAAAGCAGGAAAAAAGGGAUGUUCGGCAGCCACCCUUCCAACAUUUAAUAUCUGAAAGGAAGGAUGUAAACAGCCCUGAGAUAUCGACUGUUGAGAUAGGAUACAAAGACGAUGAAAUCUGCAUUUUCCAAAUGGAUUCUAUCAAUGCGCCUGGUGUAGAAGAUGAACAGUAUUCACAACCAUCUACCUCCUCCAAAACAAACUUAUAUUUUCCUGAAACUCAGCACUCCUUGAUCAACUCAACGGUUGAGAGCAGAAUUUCAGAAGUGCCCGGGAGUCAGUUCCCAGGUUUCAGGGGCGAGAACCCAGAAAGAGCUGUGAGUGCUGUGGCUGGGUUCCAAAAUCCAGAGGACUCCAGCUACUCAUGGCGCCACCAGUGUCCAAAAUGCCCCCGGGGGUUCCUCCACCUCGAUAACUAUCUCCGCCACUUGAAAAUGCACAAACUGUUCUUGUGUUUGCAGUGUGGGAAAACCUUCACGCAAAAGAAGAACCUGAACCGGCACAUCCGAGGGCACAUGGGGAUCCGCCCAUUCCAGUGCAUGGUGUGCCUGAAGACCUUUACGGCCAAAAGCACCCUCCAGGACCACUUGAAUAUUCAUAGUGGAGACAGGCCUUACAAAUGCCACUGCUGUGACAUGGACUUCAAGCACAAAUCAGCCCUCAAGAAGCAUCUGACAUCUGUGCAUGGGCGGGGCAACAUGGACAAGGCAGCCUUUGAGUCUAUUACUGAAGUCAGAAUAGACUAUGAUUAAUGCAUGUUUAAAUAAGGCCAGGAUCCUUGUAAAAUAGUGAAAUCAGCCUCCCUCUGAGACCCCAGUUCAACAUGCUGGCCAAUAUUUCUAAAAGUAUUAAUUUCAGGCUUGCAAAUUUCAGCCUGGUUAACUUAUUUAAGGAUCUCCUCCCAGCAGGGAAGCUUAACAAAAUGUGUCUUGUUUCUGUUGUAUAAAUUAUUUAUGUAGCUGUAUGUGUGGACAAAUGGGGUAGUAGUUGGUUUUGUGGACUUGUCUACUACUUCUGCGUUGUGUUAGGUAUCCACAAAUGAAAACUAUUAAUAAUAAUCAUUAUUACUAUUUAUUAGCAAGGCUACUCAGACUUUGGGCCUUAAAGAGGAAUGACUGCACAACUGGUGUUUCUGCUCAGGCAAAUCUGAAUUAUUUCAUGCUCAGAAAAAAGAGUUGGGGGCAUUUUCACACUUUUCUGCUAUCCCAAAGAUUAUUGAUGAAUCAGUUAAGACUUUCUGUAAUGGAAAGCAAACUGCAGGACUGAGAUCUUAUUUAAAAAAUAUUAUACAUACAUACAUAAGCCUUUGUUGGCAUAGUCAGAAAGAGUUACAUAAAUCGGGAACAAUUGCAUGAAUACAUAAUAGAUAAAAGGCCCCAUG